ACACCCUGAAGAGAAGCAGCGUCUGUUGCCUUCCUGAAAAAGGUGUGAUGUUGCUGAUAAUAGCAAGUUUUCUUCCCCAGCCCUAUUGACCCACGUGUGGUAAUUCCGAUCGGUUUGCCAGGAGGUGCUCUUACGAGCGCACCAGGCUGGUUGCAGAGUGGAUGAAUGCACACAAGGGAAGCUUAGCUUCUCUGCGAAGCUCUAGCAGGGAGUUCCAUGUAAGCAAAGAUCAAGGGCAAGGGAGAAUAGACUAUGAAGAACCUGAAAAAAGGGGAUGAGAAGCGGUCCACAAAACACACGGGAAAAGGUGAGGUAUGCAGAGCUACAAAGAGACGCCUACCUACAAUCUUUCAGGAGCAAAUGCAUGUAACAGAUGAAGAUGUUUUGCUGUUAAAGCAGUUUGGUUACAGCGGGCUCCAACUGAAAACUGCACCGGGACAACAUCACAGCAAGACGCCUGCAGGCUCGAGUUCUGCUUGACAUGGCCAUGUUCUACUAGACCUGCCAUGACGGCAUUUUUUCCCAGUGUUCCCAACUGGAUUCAAGAUGCAAAGCAGGAGGAGGAAGAGACAGGCUGGAAAUUAGUCCCCAGACCAAGAGGUGAAGAGACCGAAAGUCAGGGAAAAUGCCAAUGUGAAAUAUCGGAGACCUCCUUCACUAAUGUGGACAAGCUGAGAACUCACACACUUUCUCAUACCGAGCAGAGACCAUACAACUGCCCUCAGCUGCACUGUGGCAAAGCUUUUGCUUCUAAGUACAAGCUAUAUAGGCAUAUGGCCACGCACUCUGCUCAGAAGCCUCAUCAGUGCAUGUACUGCGAGAAGAUGUUUCACCGGAAAGACCACCUUCGCAACCACCUCCAGACCCACGAUCCCAACAAGGAGGCCCUCCACUGCCCGGAGUGCGGCAAGAACUACAACACGAAACUCGGCUUCAGGCGGCACCUGGCCAUGCAUGCAGCAGCCAGCGGCGAUCUCAGCUGCAAGGUAUGCCUCCAGACGUUUGAAAGUACCCAAGUCCUGCUGGAGCACCUCAAAGCUCAUUCUAGGCGGGCUUCUGGUGGAGCGAAGGAAAAGAAGCAUCCGUGUGACCACUGUGAUCGGCGCUUCUACACCCGGAAGGAUGUGCGCAGACACUUGGUAGUGCACACGGGGCGGAAGGACUUCUUGUGCCAGUACUGUGCCCAGAGGUUCGGGCGGAAAGAUCAUCUGACCAGGCACAUGAAGAAAAGCCACUCCCAGGAACUGCUGAAGAUUAAGACGGAGCCAGUUGACAUGCUGGGCCUCCUAAGCUGCAGCUCAUCUGUGGCAGUGAAAGAAGAGCUGAGUCCUGUCCUGUGUAUGGCAUCCAGAGACAUGAUAGGUGGUAAGAGCUUCCCUGGCAUGUUGCCUGUGGGCAUGUACAGCACACACCUCCAAACCAUGCCGAGCUCAGGGAUGCCCCAUUCUUUGGUUCCUAAUUCUCUUCCAAUGGGAAUGAGCUAUCCUCUGGAGUCUUCUUCUCCCAUCUCCUCCCCACCUCAACCUCCUCCAAAGUAUCAGCUUGGAUCUACCUCAUAUUUGCCUGAGAAACUACCCAAAGUAGAGGUGGACAGCUUUUUGUCAGACUUCCCUGGCAGCCUGUCUCUCUCGUCUGGUGAGCCUCAGUCCUCUUCGCCUCAGCCACCCCCCCUGGAUGAGGCUUUGCUUUCCAAGAGCCCUGCUAACCUUUCAGAGGCUCUCUGUGCUGCUAACAUGGACUUUUCUCAUCUUCUUGGCUUCCUCCCCCUAAAUCUUCCUCCUUGUAAUCCGCCUGUGUCAUCAGGGGGAUUGGUCAUGGGCUACUCACAGGGGGAGACACAGCCACUGCUUACCACUUUGCAACACCAACCUCAAGAAUCUCCUGGAGCUGGGGCCUCGCUGAACUUUGGGCCCCUUCACUCAUUGCCCCCUGUCUUCACCUCCAGCUUGAGCACAACCACGCUGCCACGUUUCCACCAGGCAUUCCAAUAAGCUGAAAACAGCACUGGAGAACAGAUCUUUCAGUCACCCUUUUGUGGGGAGCCUUAAAAACGCACAACUCUUACUUCCCUUUGGGGCGUGAAAGCUUUGCAAAGCUGUUUCAGGCAGGAGGUUGCUGAUCUCUGGAGGGAGCACUUGUAGACUGGAACAGCAGAUACCCCCGUGCAAGUCCCAGUCCUGUACAGCGAAAAGAUUUCAGCUAAUAGACUGGAUAUAUUUUAUCUAAUUUUUAAUCUGUGAAUCAGGAGCCGCGCUUAGCACUGACCUUCCCUGAGAUCCUGGAGCCAUGUUCCUCUUUGGGAAGGGACUGUCCCUGAGAAGGAGUUGAGACUCUUUCCUCUUGGGCUAAACUUUUGAACAAGAGUCCAGCUUCCAUUUCGUGUUACCACACUGCAGUUCUGGCAAAACAGCCAACACCUCCGCACGGAGAAGGAGGAGAAGUCAGGAUACCCGCUCUGUAUGAAGCCAACGGGGAAGAGGCUGUCCUUCCCCACUACCUCUCAUCCCACCGCCCAAUACAGCUUACUCCACAUCAGUGUUAAGCAACAAGACCGUUUACAUAGUGAAUUCAGAGACGUCACCUCACUCUUCUUUGCGGAGCCGCUAGGUUAAACUCGUUACAGUGAACAUUGUUUACACAACACAAAUCUGUUUCCGCCAUUACAAAAAUAGGAGGCACCAGAAUACACUGGGUUUCUAUCUGGUGUAGCUAGAACACUGUUUACACAGCGAAGUCAGGUUGCACUGAUUUCUCUUCACUUGUCAUGUUCUUCCCCCAUGGGGAAAUACACUGCUUUUUGGACCACUUCAGCCUCUGCCACUGUAGGCAGCAGCUUCCCGCGUUUUCUCUCUGGCUAUCCACGUGUCAAGGGGAUGGAGCAGCGCUCGCAGCUCAGCUUGGUUUUGUGGUGCAUGGAUAGAGCCCUUUUAAGUAUCUCCCACAGGCAAACAGAUCGCACAUCUGUGCUGGAAACCAAAGCGUGUGAAGAAGCUGGGUUAGGAGCUCGGGGCCGGCAGCACUGAGCGCGGGCGUGCCAGGCACGGGUGAGAUCAGGCCGCGGGCCCCCGCUCCGUAGGUUCCCUUGAGAUGAGGAACAGGACAUGAGUUUCUAGGGUUGUUUUUUUUUUUAACCACAGUAGUGCAGUGAGGUCAGUACCCUUUUGGCUUAUCCAUGAAGCAGUCUCAAGAGAUGCAUUUUUACCUCUGUCCUAGGGUGAUAACCUCCAGGAAUCAGGAGGAAAAAUUGGUCCCAGCUUCCUGUACGCUCUGUCAGCGUACUUGAAGCGUUUUCCCCAACACUAAUGGUUCUAACAAGCGCUGAGGGUUUGGGCCUGCAGUCGCCCUUUCACUUAGGGUUUGGUUCCACUGGCCUUUUUGUUCUCUCCUCGAGCCUUGUCUCCUGAAGUUGAAGUCCUGCUUCCCCCGCUCUCUGCCUCCCCUCUUAAAUUCUUACCUACUGAGGGCCGAAGGGUUACGCCGUCAGGUGGCAGCCAGCUGCUGGUGGCGUGUAGCGCCUGUGUCAUCUCCUGCUCUCCUUUUCCUGGGCGCUUGUACUGCAGACGGUAACAGAUGGAGGUCGACCUCGCUGCACGCUGGCGCGGGUGUACGAAUACAGACAGGCAGGUCGUCGUACCGCAGCGUGGAGGAACCAUUGUAGGCCAACAUAGACCAGGAGAGCUGUCAAUGUCCUUCUCCAUAAAUCUAGAAAACGCCAAAUCUACCUCUACUCUGUUACCUCCGCUCCUUCGGUGAAGCCAGAUGCUGCCCUCCCUCCUCUCCCCCGGGGGCAUCCGUUUCAGCCCACGCAUGCUACGUUCUGCUGAGCCGUUGACCCCACAGUGUGACAUGAGCCGUGCCUCGUUUGUUCAUAGGCUUGUCCCCCCUCCAUUUUACUCAAGAAUUUUAUUUUUAAUCUAGUUUAGUAAUUCUUCCCAGAAUGACUCUUUAGUGAUCCACUGAUUCUCCAGAACAUAGAUGGGUUGUUUUAGGUUAGCCAGCAAUGCUGCAAAGAAUACUUUUGUAUCAAAAUGUAAUAUAAGAUUUAUUUACCUCAGCAAUACCCUGUGGCCAUGAUCGCCCCGAGUUAAAUGCAGUACUUCCUUUUCUCCACUGUCAAGCGUUGCCUUUCGAAGUUCGACGAGUGCCUUCUUGUUCUCUAACACAGAAAAGGUAAACGGGGCGUUUCAGCCAGCCGGCCGUUUACCGUCACUGAAUACCUCAGGCCUGUCUGCUGUUGCUUUUCCCUUUGCAAAUUAAAGAGUUUCACACUGUUACCAGUUAUAUGCAAGCCUUACCCCUGCCUUCAGCUGAGAGGGUUUUGGUUUUUUUU